AUGAUGUUUCAGUUCUGCAGCUGGAGUUGUUGUGACGAGUACAAGCGCUCCGCCCUGGUGUUGGCUGUGUGCGACUUCUGCAAGAACGGGAAGCUGCUCCACGAACAGGCGGCCUACCUGGGGGAGACCCGCUCCUUCUGUACAGACCUGUGCCGCAUGUUCUACGAACAGGAGCUGACGAACCGCCUGGGCAAGAUGGCCACGACGUGUGCGCACUGCCGCCAGCUGUGCCGCCAGCUCAGCUUCCGGGACGUGUCGCGGCAGGCGGCCGCCACGCCCAGGGACUUCUGCAGCCAGGCCUGCCAAGUGGCCUUCAUGAUGGUGCACUACAAGCUGUAUCCGUGCGACGCGUGUGGGAAGAAGUCCACGCCGCUUACCGUGUCUCUGCCGUGGGCCGCUGACAUGCGCCACUUCUGCGACCACGAGUGUAUGGUCAUCUUCUGCGCAUCAACGCGCUCUAAGAAAGCUCCCCACAGACGCAUCAACCCAGGAGAAAACGCCCCUUCAGAGUGGCCAGCGUCUGACAAGGCGAUGAAGAACGUCCCGGAUGUGGGGACGAUGGUGCCAUGUGACUUGCCUCUGACGACACCGAAGACUUGUUCCCGGGGUGUGCAAGUGUGCAAG